GAUUCUUCUUCUAACUCACUUCGCACUCACUUAUAAGGCAGGGAAGCAAGCCGCGAGGUGUGAGAUACACCAAAGACAAGACACGCGUCUCCAAUUCAUCUCCACCCAUUCCAUUUCCGCUCCCUGAAGCCAUAGGACGUGCACUACAAUGCAUACAACCACCGUGGACAAAAGCCCCCACCGCCGGGGCAGCGCCGGCGCCGGCAGCGGGCUGAAGCAGCGGCUCGCGCAGAUCCUCCUGCGCUCUUCCUGCACCACCAACACCAGCACCUCGACCACGGCCUUCGUCAGCCUCGCCAAGACCAACGCUGACUCCCACCAGGACGCGCCACCCUCCCCAUACUUCUGCACCCCGUGCACCUACGAGUGGCCCAAGGUCGACGGCGGCAGCCGCCCGCGCCGCCACCGCAGCCGCAGCGCGUCUCUCGUCCACAUCUCCGUCGAUUGCACCGGCGGGGCCGCGGCCGCCUCCGACCGCCGCUCCGUCCACUCCGACGCGCCCCUUCUGCAGCAUCCAUCGCUGCCGGUAAGGGACGUCAUCAAGAAACAGAGCAAGGGCAGGAGCCAGACGGCGCGAUCUCCUUCGGCAUCGAGGCGGCAUUGCCCGCCCUCCUCUGCCUCCUGGGGCCGCGCGCGGCGGCCCAGGAGCAUGCCCGCGCCGUACAGCUGGUCGUCGUCCUCUACCGCGACGGACGACGAGCUCGCGCCGUUCAGCAGUGACGAGGAGGGCGGCGAGGAGGCGGAGACGAGGACGCUCUUCUCGUCCCUCAGCUUCUCGUCCGACUCCACCUCCGACUUCUACCACACCAACGGCGGAAACAACGCAAGGAACAGCCGCAGGAACACGACUCGCCGCGCGACACGGCGAGCAUUGCCAAGAACCAGCGACCCAGCAGCCCCAGUCGACGCCUUCCGGCCGCUGGUAUCCGUCGAAACGAAGAAGCAAAGCGGGUGCAACGACAAGGAGAAGGCAGAGAAGGUGGUCAGGACGAAGUUGGGUGCGGCGGAGGAGACCAGCGCGGGCAUGGCGGUGGUGAAGCGGUCGAGCAACCCGUACGCGGACUUCCGGAGCUCGAUGGUGGAGAUGGUCGUGGAGCGGCGCAUCGGCAGCGUGGGGCAGAUGGAGGAGCUCCUCGGGACGUACCUGUCGCUUAACUCGCCGCGCCACCACCCGGCCAUCCUCGCCGCCUUCGAGGACGUCUGGGAGGCUGUCUUCGGCGAGGAGUGAGAGCGGCCCGAGUGAUCGUUCAGAGGCAUGUUUGGCAUGGCCAAGCUACAUAACACAGAUGAUCGUUGUACGGUCAGUGGAGCAGAGGUGUGUAGGUGCUGGGAAUGGAUCGAUCGACGUGGUACUUUGCAGUUUCGUCGUAGUCGGUAUGUUCAUGCCAAUGCAGAAAUUGGCAUGAUCGUGCCAUGAAAAUGUUAAUAAUGUGCUCAUGUAAAGAAUUAGCCAGAUGAUAAUUGAGCGCUAUGAAUUCCUUGGGUUGGUUUCAUUUCGGCUCAGCGU